AACCACCCCCCAAGGCCAAAGCAGAGCGCCUCGCAGUGGCAUUCCAAGGAACUGCAGCCUGGGACUCCCCCAAGCAGCGCCAUGGCUGGGGCUUCGCGCACCGACUGACUCCGGGGAGCCACGUGCGCGCAGCGGCGCCUCCCCUCCACGCCAGUCCCCGGGGCCUGCGCAGCCGCCUCGCCCGAGGGCUCGCCGGGCCCCGCGCGCUUGCCAGGCACACGCAGGAGUUCCCCGCUGGGAAGAUGCAGCCGCUCUGGAAGAAAUACUUCGGCCACAAGUCCGUGCACGAGGUCGCCAUGGACGCGUAUCUGGCCAGCCUGGGGCUGUACCGCAAGCUCACGGCCAGAGACGCCUCCUGCCUCUUUCGGGCCGUUUCCGAGCAGGUCUUUUCUUGUCAGAUUCAUCACAGGGAAGUCAGGAAGGCUUGUGUUUCAUUUAUGAAGGAAAACCGGCAGAACUUUGAGGCUUAUGUGGAAGGCUCAUUUGAAGAAUAUCUGGAAUGGCUGGGAGAUCCAGAGGGAAGGGCUGGCCAACUGGAAAUAAGCGCUCUAUCACUGAUGUAUAAGUGGCUGCAGACCAAUGCCAGCCGAGACUUUAUUCUGUACCAGAACCCUGGACGGCCACCCACUUGUGCUACAAACAAUGGCUUUGAAGACAAGAUCUUGCUGUGUUGUUCCAGUCACUCCCAUUACGACUCUGUGUAUACAAAACAAUUUCAGGCAGAUGCUGCUGUUUGUCAGGCUGUCUUGUACGAGAUCCUAUACAAAGAUGUGUUUGGCGUGGGGAAGGAGGAAUUGAGAACUGCAGUUGACAUGUAUCGAAGUGGGGACAAAAAGAACAGAAACAGUGCCUCUGUUGGAAGUGAGGAUGCAAACUUUGAUUGCCUUCCCAUGGAAGGGUCCAACACUUCAUCAGAAAAGAGAGAGGAAGACUGGGAAGGCAACAAUACUGACAAUCCACCUGAAGAUAAACUCGGACAAAGCACUGAAGAGGCAAAGUGUCCAGAAAAUCCACCAAAGAUGCCUUUUGCCUAUAGAGUGCUAAAAGCCCUGGACCCUGGGCUCUAUCGAAAUGUAGAGUUUGAAGUUUGGUUGGACAGCAGAAAAGAACACUUAAAAAUUGAUUACUUCAUGUUUGCUGGGAGACGGUACUAUGUAGGAGACAAGUGUCAGGUAUGUCUGGAGCCUGGGGGUAAGUACUACAAUGCUUAUAUCCAGGAGGUUGGACCUGAUGACAACAUGGUGGCCGUGUUCAUUGAAGAGCUGGCAGAAAAGUAUAUUGUUCCAUUGGCAAACUUUAAACCAGUGACACAAGUGACUCCUGACCCUGCCUGCGAAGGGGUUCCCAGUCAGAGAGGAGGAAACGGUGAGGAAACGACUCGUUCCCCAUGGGAAUCACAAAGAAUGGAUAUGAAAUCAUGGAAGAGACCAUUUAAGAGAGUCCGUGGGAAAGAAGCUUUCAUGACAAUGGCUUAUAAUCGGAGUCAGAUAGUUCUUCCACCCCAGCUACAGCACAAUGUUCCUUCAGGUCACCCUUCUCCAUUUAAUUACUCUCAAACUUCUGGGAAUACAGCAUCCUGUGGUCACUACCGUCCUCCGAGGCAUGGCAGGGGAUACAGAAUGCCCAGGGUUUCUGCCCGAUUUACAAGCAGGAACGACAUGGUUGGCCCUCAGAUACCAUUGUACCCUGAUCCAGGGAAGAGAUGUUAUCAGAGCUAUGGCAAUUUCUCCUGUGUGUCUCGUUCAUGUAGCCGUAGUCACCAGCACUUGCAGUAUCUCCAUCAGGCAUGGCCACACGUACCACAGACUGGGGAGGAGCCUCAGGCUUUGGAAGAAACCGUAACUUCCAAUGAAACUGAAGGAGGAGACGAGGCCGCUUUUCCUGCUGUCCCAGUGAUGGAGAAAUCUGCAGAGAUCUCAACCUCCUCUUGUGUUAUUAAUGCUCCAGCAACAGUCUUUUUCUCCAGCAUGGCAACAUCCACUCAAGACAAUGUUACCACACCCAUUCCCCCACAGACUGCAGUUCAGCCCAUCCUGGAAUCCCCUUCUUUUGCUAGGAGGCCAGUAGUGAUUCCGCCAGUGCCAUACCCAUAUCAUCCAGCGCCCACUCCCACUGUCAGCGAGGUGGGAGAUAGUGGCAGCAUUGCUCCGCCUUACUCCUACGAUCCCAAUGGCAGUGAUCUACCUCAAGAUACAAAGGUAGUGCAGUAUUAUUUUAAUUUGGGAUUGCAGUAUUACCAUCAGAGCUUUUGGCAUUCCAUGGCGUACAGGCAACAGGCACCACUGCCACCACCUGCAGAAGCUGACUCAGCAUAUACCGAGCCUGCCCCCAUGGUGGAGCAGUCAGUACCUCAGCUGUACACUGACGUUGGGAGUUUCCAGCAAGUUUCCCCAGAAACAUCAAAUGGUACUUUCCAAAAUGUAGAGCCUCCACCUCAAUUCCACGGAACAGUAUGUUAUCCAGUAGUGACAGAUCCCUAUGGCCAGCCACUUCCACCUGGGUUUGACUAUCGCGUCUCUUUAGUACCUGCCUAUCAUUAUGUUAGCACUUGGCAUCCUGCAAAUCCCUCCUAUGGUAAUCCUUCACAAUUCCAAAAUACUGUAAAUCCUAUUCAGAUGCAUCAGGUCAGCUAUGUUACCCCGCCGAGUCCUGUAUUCCAUUAUGGACAUCCAAGUAUGUAA